AUUGUGACCCGGGGGGCCCGGAUUGUUCCAGCGAUGGCGACGUUGGGCCUGAACCCUAUGGACUCGGAGGUGUCACAAGGACAUGAAGGUUACAGUGCUCCAGAGCAAGGCUCCUUCGAAGGUCGCCCGUGGGUACAAUCGACGAUGUGGCAGGAGCCCUGGAGAGAGGGGCCAGAUUCAUGGGCACAAUGGGGAAUGGGCAUGGAAGAGUGGCAAGGAAGGCGGAAGCGACGUUUUUGCACCUCAUUUCCGGAUGUGAGUCAGUGCCGCCGCGGAGCCGCCUGUGCUUUUGCUCACUCGCGUGAAGAGAUCUCUGCCCCUUUGCUGGAUGAUGCCGAAGAACAACAGCUUCCAGGCGCCAUGACAGAUGAGUUCUUUAUGUACAAGUACAAGAUCCACUGGUGCCCCAUCGGUGUCCAACACGAAUGGCACAAUUGUGUGUAUGGGCACAACUAUCAGGAUGCACGCCGUCCACCAAGCAUUGGCUAUGGAGCCAGGCUUUGCCCCUAUUGGUCCAAGAAGGAUACCGGCGCCGAAUACUCACAGCGAUGCCCUCUGGGCCUUCGAUGCCCAUACUCCCACGGCGCCAAGGAGCAGUUGUAUCAUCCUCACUAUUUCAAGACCGUGAUUUGUCGAGACGUUCGUGGGAAGGUCUGUCCCAGGCAAAAGCUUUGCGCCUUCUACCAUCAUCGCCAUGAAAAGCGUCCCACACCACAGGAUGAAGUGGACUACGCAUUGCCAUUGCCAACCGAGAACCUUUCGGACAAAUGGACAGCGGACUUCCUGUCUCCGCCAUUCAUGCCCGAGACCACGAAACAGGGAGGGAAUGGCCUCAGUAAAUCGGAACGAGAUCAGAUGAUGCAGUGUGUCUAUUUUAUGCCAAUGGGAUCCCAGGGAUCCACCGAACGCGAUGAAUUCAAUGCAUUUCGCGAUGAGCGGACCGUAGGCAGCGCCUGA